AUGGAUGUCGCUGCUGCUCACAGUUCAAGAAGGGGCCCGAUGUCGGUUGUAAAUAACCUCUUCUCAUUCACAAGCCCUUCAGUGAAACGGCUAUUGGGUUGGAAGCAGGGCGACGAGGAAGAAAGAUGGGCGGAAAAGGCAGUCGACAGCCUUGUCAAGAAACUCAAAAAACGGAAAGGAGCUAUAGAAGAUUUGGAAAAAGCUUUGUCUUGCCCAGACACCCAGAGCAGAUGCGUAACGAUUCCUAGGAGUUUAGACGGCAGACUGCAGGUGUCUCACAAAAAGGGUUUGCCACACGUGAUUUACUGCAGAGUGUGGCGUUGGCCCGACUUACAAAGCCACCACGAACUUAAACCCAUAGAGACCUGCCUGUACCCGUUUUCCGCAAACCAAAAGGACGUGUGUAUUAAUCCUUAUCAUUAUACGAGGGUGGAGACUGCAGUUUUACCCCCAGUUCUGGUUCCUAGACACAACGAUUUUGUUCCUGGCCAUUCUCUUCUUGCUUUUCAGCAAGUAUCGGAACCGUUGAUGCCUAAUAACGUCAGUUAUUCACCCAAUGGUUUCGUUUCACACCAGAUGGGUCCGGCAUCACCCGCGUCUACGAUUUCUAGUCCAGGAAGUCCUCAGUCUUCGUAUUCCAAUUUGUCCGAAACACCACCACCCGCUUAUAGUCCCAAUGACAACGAAAUUCAUUUGUAUCAAGGUCUACCGCAUUGGGCUUCCGUAGCAUACUACGAGCUCAAUUGUAAAGUGGGAGAGACCUUUCACUGCAAUUGUACUUCUGUAAUCGUAGAUGGGUUUACGAGCCCUUGCAACAAUAGGGUGAGGUCCCGUUUUUGCUUGGGACAGCUCAGCAACGUGAACAGAAAUUCUACAAUCGAGAACACAAGGCGUCACAUUGGUAAGGGGGUCCACAUAUACUAUGCCAACGGCGAGGUAUACGCAGAAUGCUUGUCGGAGUAUUCAGUUUUUGUCCAGUCGAGAAACUGCAAUCAACGCCACGGAUUCCAUCCAUCGACAGUAUGCAAAAUUCCUCCGGGUUGUUCUUUGAAAAUAUUUAACAACGCUGAAUUUGCUCAGCUGCUUUCACAGUGCGUUAAUCAUGGGUUCGAGGCGGUCUACGAACUGACCAAAAUGUGUACCAUUCGGAUGAGUUUCGUUAAAGGGUGGGGUGCGGAGUAUCAUCGACAGGACGUAACAAGUACGCCGUGUUGGAUCGAGGUGCACUUACAUGGACCAUUGCAAUGGUUGGACAAGGUGUUGACUCAGAUGGGAUCUCCGCAUAAUGCAAUUAGUUCGGUAUCAUAA